CCUCAUUCCUACACAUCGACCGAGACCGAAAUUCCAAGACACUCUCACUGCACCUAGCAUUAACAUGAAGAAGAUCAUCACUGUGUUUGGAGCCACAGGUGCCCAAGGAGGGUCGGUAGCGAAAGCUCUCUUGAAGGAUGGUACCUUCAUUGUCAGAGCUGUGACCCGGGACACCAGUAAGCCGGCAGCCCUGAAGCUGAAAGAGGCCGGGGCAGAGGUGGUGGCUGCUGAUAUGGAUGACAAAAAGAGUUUAGAGGCUGCUCUCAGCAAAGCCUACGGAGCUUUUAUUGUCACCAAUUUCUGGGAGCAUUUCAGCAAAGAAAAGGAGAUUGCACAGGGCAAAUUGAUCGCGGAUUUGUCCAAAAAACUGGACCUCAAACACGUGGUCUAUAGUGGCUUGGAAAAUGUGAAGAAAUUGACAGGAGACAAGCUGGAAGUCUUGCAUUUUGAUGGCAAAGGAGAGAUAGAGGAAUACUUCAGGGCCAUUGGAGUCCCGAUGACCAGUGUUAGACUUGCAUUUUACUAUGAGAACUUCCUGACAUCCAAACCCAGAAAAUCAGCAGAUGGGAAGACCUAUGAGCUGAACAUCCCAAUGUGUGAUGUCCCAAUGGAUGGCAUAUCUGUGGCUGAUCUGGGUCCUGUUGUGGUCAGCAUCCUAAAGUGCCCAUCAGAAUACAUCGGAAAGGAUAUCGGACUUAGUGCGGAGAAGCUAACCAUAGAGCAGUAUGCAGCCAUCAUGUCCAAGGUCACAGGCAAGACCAUUAAAGACGCUAAGAUUUCUCCUGACCAGUAUGAGAAAUUGGGAUUCCCGGGAGCGGAAGAGCUGGCAAACAUGUUCCGAUUUUACCUGUUGAAGCCUGAUCGGGAUGAGAAGCUCACACACAAACUCAACCCCCAAACCAAGACAUUCAAGCAAUGGUUUGAAGAGAAGAAAGAGGCGUACAAAGAUUUGUAACCAACGCUCGAAACCGGUCAAAGUAUUUUACAAACAAGCUCUUAGGACGUCCUGUGGUAGAGACAGAUUUUCUAUUUACCAAGGAACGAUUAUGGGGAGAUUGCCACCUAAACUAGUAGUAGAUUUGUGUGAAUUAUCAAAAAUAAAGAACUUGGACUUAGAAUUAACCCUGUUCUGCAUUGACCAUUGUGGACUACAAACUAAUGGGUAACAGUUAUGUUAAAACCUUGAAGGAGAUGUUUAAAGUGACAUAGUCAUUACAGUCAUUUUAAUUCCUAUAAAUGAUUUUAAAACAAUUAUCUCAACAAAUUAAUAUCUUCAUGUAAACAAGCUAUAGCAGGUCUACCUCUUCAUUAACCCUUCAAGAUCUUUCAGUGUUUCAAUAUGUAGGUGACCAUCUUCGAAUCACAUCAUGUUUCUCAAUUUCCCAGUGACAGUAACUAAUAGGGAAAAAUAAGGCUCCAGCGAAUGAGUGAGGCCAGCAACCAAACAGAAUCAGACAUCUCCUAAGCAGAAUCUUGUAUUUCGCUGACUUUCAGAGUAGAUUAAUCACUUGGUUGAACCGACACAAGACACUGCAUAGUCACUGCAAGUUAAGGAAAAUUCAAUGCGUUCAUAAGAAAAAGAAGUGCUAGAAAGAAUAA